AUGAAAGUAGUCGCACAAUCCAGACGAUACCUUGGACACCCGAAACCUAGUUUACCCAUACUUCGGAGAAUACAUGAUGCAGUGUUAAUUCCUAAAAUAACAUACGGAAUAGGAGUCAUUGGUAAAGGCUUCUCUGAGGAGACGUUUAAACAAUUAACUGCUGUUCACCGUAAACUGUUAAUUACAUUGAGUGGAGGAUACAAGACAACACCAUAUCUUUCCCUGUGUAAAAUUCUGGAUAUAAUACCGAUCCGACUGCAAAUUGAACAACAAAUGUACAAAUGGAAUUACCUUUACAGCUCGCAAACAACUGACGUGUUGAAUCUAUCGAUUGAUAGAGCGGUUGAAGAAAAGUUUGACAAAUCUUUCGCACCAGAAAGUGAAGAGGUUAAAAAACUCGCGAGAGGUAAAAUAAAAACACAAGAGGAACUGAAUGCUUUUCUGGCAUCAAAUCGAUAUUCAUAUCUCUGCUUCACGGACGGUAGUAAAGAUGAGACAGGUUGUGGCUAUGCAAGUAUUGUUUAUGACAGCAGCCUGAGGAAAAUCACUGAAAGGACAGAACCCCUUUUUAAAUAUGCUAGUGUAUUUCAAUGUGAAGCCUUAGCCAUUAUAAAUGCCCUCGAAACAUUGGAAAAGAAGAUUAGAUUUAACUCCAUGUCACUGGUGCUCACUGACUCGGAGAUCAUCUACAAAGCGCUGAUGAGGACUACAAAACAGCAUCUAUUAAUUCAAUGUAUUCGAGAAAAACUCGUACGUCUCCAAAACGAAAACAAAACUGUUCAUGUUGUACAAGUCAGUUCUCACUCGAAUGUCACUGGAAAUGAAGAUGUGGAUCAACUGGCCAAACGUGCACGUAGAUCCAAAAAGAAAGUCAAAUUCGACGUCAUCCCGAGGAGUCAUAUAAAAAAGCAGAUUGAACAGCACAUUGCCUGUAAAGCAAUGAAACAAUUUGAGCAGAAUAAAUCAAGAAGCCUGAUGAUAAACAUCCCAAUGGGUUGGAAUACGUCACCGUACAAAUGUAACAUCUCCAAAGAGCUUCUUUGGUUACUGAGUGGACAUGGGCCCUUCAAUCAAUACCUGCAUAGGAUGAGACUCAAACAAUCACCCACAUGCCCCUGUGGUGAAGGUGACAUGAGUAAUCAUCAUAUUGUUUCUACCUGUUCUAAAUCAUCACAAGAAAGAGACAAUCUCAUUGUCGAGGCAACGUCACAGGAAAGUGAACUAACAAACACAGUCACUCGGGUGCUAGAAACAACUAUUGCGAGCGGUACGCUGGCAUCGAUUGAGCUAAUCAAUCAUUUUGCUAAGGAGAUCAUUAAGCUCUCUAGUAAUCUAUGUAACAAUAUCAACUGA